UGCGUCCCCGGCGUGAGUCGGCGGCUGUGCGCCUAGCGCCGCCCCUUUCUGUUUUCUCAAUCCACCCCCCCCCUCAAGGGCAGUGGUGCGGUCCGGCAUUGCCCAGCAGCCUCGGCCGGGCGCGUCGUCAAGGGCCUCCUUCCUCGAUCCCCCCCCCAUUGUUGAGGCACAAGUGGAAGAGGCCGCCUCCGCUCGGAACCCAGCCGCCUCCGCUGCUGCCGCCGCCGCGAGUUACCCCCCCCUCCCCGCUGGUGUAUGAGGGAUUCAUAACCGCGAGCCGUCCCCCCCCGCCAUGUCCACGCCGGCCCGGAGGCGCCUUAUGCGGGACUUCAAGAGGCUGCAGGAGGAUCCCCCGGCCGGAGUGAGCGGAGCCCCCUCGGAGAACAACAUCAUGGUGUGGAAUGCAGUCAUCUUUGGGCCGGAGGGAACCCCGUUUGAGGAUGGAACAUUCAAGCUUACCAUAGAAUUCACGGAAGAAUAUCCGAACAAGCCACCUACCGUCAGAUUUGUGUCUAAGAUGUUUCAUCCGAAUGUCUAUGCAGAUGGUAGUAUAUGUCUGGAUAUUCUUCAAAACCGCUGGAGCCCUACCUACGACGUAUCAUCCAUCUUAACCUCCAUACAGUCUUUACUGGAUGAGCCUAACCCAAACAGCCCAGCAAACAGCCAGGCCGCUCAGCUAUACCAGGAGAAUAAGCGGGAAUACGAAAAGCGAGUUUCGGCCAUAGUAGAACAGAGCUGGCGUGACUGUUGACCUUGGCUGAUGCAAAUGAACACUCUGAUGAGGAAAAUACAUGUAUGAAGUGUCUGAGUCCACCACCACCACCACCUCCUCCUCCUCCUCUUCCUCCUCCUCCUCCUCUUCCUCGCAUCACUGCAUUUACUCGGAAAGCAAAAUUAGCUGUCUGUGCCGUUGCCAACUUCCCUCGCUGGAUCUCUUUUUUUUUUUCUCUUUGGACAACAGAAAAACAAAACGAAAACAACCCUAACCCUUUCCUACUUUCCCCCCUUGAAGUCAAAUGUACUGUACUUGGGUUACUUGUUAAAAGAAUGACUGAGGCUGAAUUUCCACUUCUGGUGGGGUUUGGGGAGGGCAGGAGUCUACCUUGGCCAGUUCUUAGGGGCAGUAUUGUGCUUUUUUUUUUUCUUCCCCCCCACCCCCGUACACUUAAGCUUUUAAUUGUAAUUGUGUUAUACACAGUGACGCUUACGUGUAGCUUGAUUCGAGAGAGAGAGAGAAAGAAAGAAAGGAAAAAGGAUGUUUAUAUACAAUAUACAUUUUUAACGAUGACUUGAGUUGCUGAUCUGUCCGAGGCUGGUCAUUUAACCGCUGGUUUCGACGCCACUACACCUGUGAGUAUUUUAUGGAACAAGAAGAAAGAGGGGAAAACGUUAGUUUUCUCUCUCUUCCCCCAGUUGUGCUGCUUUUCCCAUUUUUCCCUCCUAAGCUUCCUUUUCAGCUGCGUGGGUUUUGCAGAACUGAUUUCCAAGUCAAGGUGGGGGUGGAGUGGGGGAGGCGGAGGGCCGAUCCCCGCUUUUUAAUGGUCAGGUGCAAGGGGGUUGAUUGGCGUUACGUGUGGACGUAAACAGGGGAACAAGGCUUUCCGCAGCACUUUCAAAGGGUGCUCAAAAUGGCGUAUGCCGCACUUUGGAGUAGAGUUGUGGGGAGUAGAGUUGUGGGGAGAGUACAGGAGUUGAGAGUUAAUGGCCAAAUGGUGUGUUAGGGGCAAACUUCAAAUGCUU